UUUAGAUUUUUUUUGGAAUUCUGAUCAUUGUUGUCUAACAUUGAACCUGUUGCUCUGUAGGACUUUGACGGCAGGAGUGCACUCGGUAACUCGGUGCUGGACAUCAGCAGGCCGAAUAUUCGCCCCCUCAGUCUCGGACUAACACCAUCCCCUCCCUCUGUCUUUCUUGGGGAAAGGAAAUGGCCGAGACCUCGAACAAAGAGGCUGAGAAGCCAGCGUUCUUGGUGACAGAGAAAUCGGCUACCAUCGAUGAGAUGAUCCAGGCAUGCAUCAAUGAAUUCGAUGACCGUGGGAGGCUAAAGAACAGGCUGCUUCCUCACAUGUUCUUGAUGAUGCACCAGUGGUAUCUGCCAUCAACUGAACUGGUGGGAAAACUGCUCCAAUUAUAUCCUUCCAAGGGAUUCUGUCUGAAACCUGGCUCAGUUAGCCCUGGGCUCCCCCGAUCCUUGGCUUCCGUCUGGGACAUGGCCAGCUGGGGCUCGGGGAGAACGUGUUUGACCUCGGCACCUCUCAGGUUUUUCUGGGAUCCUUCUCCCAUCCCAAGCAAUUCCUCACAGCCCCCAUGACCCAAAUACAAGCCUCUCCUCCUCCUUGUGGAGAACAGCCUCAUUCCCAAUUGCACGAGGGGGUACAUUGGGACAGUCAGAGGGAGACGGGUGGGAUGUGGAUAACAGGUCAGCCAUAGAACAGGGACAGGCACAGGCAAACACACUCUGUGUAUGCACACACACACACUCAGAUUGUUAGACACAUGCACUCACACACACACACUCAG